AUGGAAGCCGGAACAAGUUGUGAGUUUGCGUCUCCUAAGUUCUACGCUCUUUGCGGUCUUGGCGGAAUCGUCAGCUGCGGUACUACUCACACUGCCAUCGUGCCCCUGGAUCUUGUGAAGUGCCGCUUACAAGUUGAUAAGACUAAGUAUGGUUCCCUGACCCAGGGAUUCCGCGUUACCUUUAAGGAAGAGGGACUUCGUGGUCUCGGUCGCGGAUGGGCUCCAACUUUUUUCGGCUACUCUCUUCAAGGUCUUGGUAAAUUUGGCUUCUACGAGAUCUUCAAACACACCUAUUCGGGCAUGCUUUCUGAAGAAAACGCCUUCCUUUGGAGAACAUCUAUCUACCUAGCAGCUAGUGCUAGUGCUGAGUUCUUCGCUGACAUCAUGCUUUGCCCCAUGGAAGCUCUGAAAGUGCGUAUUCAAACUAUGCCCGGAUUUGCCAGCACAUUGCGUGAGGGCUUCCCCAAAAUGCUCGCUGCUGAGGGCUUUACCGGCUUUUACAAGGGCAUUGUGCCACUCUGGUGCCGUCAAAUACCCUACACAAUGAUGAAGUUUGCUUGCUUUGAGCGAACUGUCGAAGCCUUGUAUAACUAUGUUGUGCCUAAGCCGCGCUCCCAGUGUUCUAAAGCCGAGCAGUUGGUUGUCACUUUUGCUGCUGGAUACAUCGCCGGUGUUUUUUGUGCGAUUGUAUCCCAUCCACCGGAUACCAUUGUAUCCAAAUUAAACAAGGAUCCCAACGCGAGGCUUGUUGAAGUUGCUAAGAACCUAGGAUGGCGUGGCAUGUGGGCCGGUUUGGGUCCUCGUAUCUUAAUGAUUGGUACGCUGACUGCCCUGCAGUGGUUCAUCUACGACGGUUUUAAAGUUGUCAUGCGCCUACCUCGUCCUCCACCGCCUGUGAUGCCUGAGUCGUUGAAAGCGAAACUGGCAGCUCAACAACAUUAG